GCGGGCCCGGCCCGGGCGCGGCGGCGGCAUGGAGGCUCCGCCCGAGCGGCCGGCGGAGCAGAAGCAUCAGAGGCCUCCGUCGCCCCCCGCGCCGGCCCGGGAGCGCGCCCCGCCGCAGGCCGUGUACCACCUGAAGUGGGUGCGGUGGCGGGAGGCGAGCGCGCCGGUGGUCACGCAGAACGAGAACGGGCCCUGCCCGCUGCUGGCCGUCAUGAACGCGCUGCUGCUGGCCUGGAAGGUGACGCUGCCGCCCAUGAUGGAGCUCAUCACCGCCGAGCAGCUGAUGGAGUACCUGGGAGACUAUAUCCUUGAUUCAAAACCAAAAGAAAUCUCUGAAAUCCAACGUGUAAACUAUGAACAGAACGUGAGUGAUGCAAUGGCUAUCCUGCACAAGCUUCAGACCGGUCUUGACGUGAACGUGAAGUUCACUGGGGUACGAGUGUUUGAAUACACACCCGAAUGCAUUGUGUUCGAUCUUCUUGAUAUUCCAUUAUAUCACGGGUGGUUAGUAGAUCCUCAGGUUGGAGACAUUGUGAAAGCCGUUGGUAACUGCAGCUACAACCAGUUGGUGGAAAAAAUCAUCUGCUGUAAGCAGUCAGACAAUAGCGAGCUGAGAAAGGAAGGCUCCAUAGCAGAGCAAUUCCUCAGUAGCACAGCCACUCAGUUAACUUACCAUGGCUUGUGUGAGUUGACAUCCACCGUUCAAGAAGGAGAGCUGUGCGUGUUCUUCAGAAACAACCACUUCAGCACCAUGACCAAACACAAGGGCCAGCUUUACCUUCUGGUGACCGACCAAGGUUUCCUUACAGAAGAUAAGGUGGUUUGGGAAAGUUUGCACAACGUGGAUGGGGAUGGGAACUUCUGUGAUUCUGAAUUCCACCUGCGGCCUCCAUCGGAUCCGGAAACGGUGUACCAGGGGCAGCAGGACCAGAUUGACCAGGACUACCUGAUGGCCUUAUCUCUGCAACAAGAGCAGCAAAGCCAAGACCUCAGCUGGGAGCAGCUCCCUGAGGACGUCAGUGACCUUGAGCUGGCCAAGAAGCUCCAGGAGGAAGAAGACCGACAGGCCUCGCAGUUCUAUCAGGAGCAAGAGCAAGCUGCUGCCACCACUGCCGCCGCCGCUGCCACCACCACCACUACCACCACUGCUGAAGGCCAGCAAGCCCAGGACGCCACCCCUCCCUCAGUGGGAAGGCAGCCCGGGGGCAGCGAGCGGAAGAGGAAAGAGCCGCGAGAGAAGGAGAAGAGUGCCUGUGCCAUUUUGUAGCGGAAGGGCGGCUCUGGAGCCCAGCACAUCCGCCGGAAGCACCAGGGAUCCUGCGAGCGGGAGGCCCUCCCGCCACCUGUGCCUCCGAAGCCCACAGCCGAUGGCCUCCCGAAGAUCCCCGCGGACACAGCCUGGCUGAGGGUU